GACAUUCGUAAGAAAAAGGUUGGUUUUCCUGAAGUAUGAACCAUUUAAUAGUUAAUGCUGUUUUUCACUCGGCUCCUGUGAUAAACUAGAAUGUUCAUGUAUUUCAUGUGUAUGCUUAUGUAAUUAAGCAUCCACUAAUUUAUUUCUCUUUGGAAAAUACUUCUCCAAAUCAGCACUCCAUGUAUGAAGAUUUAAGAUUAUAUCAUCUGUUUGUUUAAGAAAAUUCCUAUUAGUUAACAGAACCAAUUUCACCUGUGAAGACAAGGUCUGUAAAACAAGCCUCUUGACUUCAGUCAUAAAUUUUUCCUGUGCCAUAGUCUAUUAUUUCCGGGAGAGGGCAGCAUUUUCCUAUGUCAGCUAAUCCAAAAGUAAAUGAGGAACUUAGGAAAAGAUUGCCAACUUCAAAUCAACACAGUUACACAGAAUUGAAGAAGAAGCAUACAGCUUCAUUUGAGGGAUUCUUUUAAGGGACUCAGUGUUCUGCGAUAUGAGCUCUGAAACCUUCAAGCAAAAACUGGACUCAGUGCCAGAUCAAACAAGUUCAGAGGAACAAAUGGAGAACUGGUCAAAAGAAACACACAUCUCGGAUCAGAAAAAAGAAGACUUCUGUGCUGAACUUCAAUUUUAUAAGAAUUCCCAAAAACACACAGAAUUUUCUAUCCAGGCAGAAACCGAAGCACCGAAACUUUCAGAUUUGCAAGUAAUCAGUCAAAGAGGAGGAUUCCUAACUGACUGUAAUUCUGGUUCAGAAGAAUCAAGUAGUGUAGAAAGAAAGGAUAACAGGAUGCUCCCUGAAUUUAUAUCCUCAUGGAAUGAUGCUGAAGAUUUCGGUGGAAGAACAGAAACUGCAUUCCUUUUAAAAGAAUUGGACACUCUGAGGGCCAAAAAUAAAAAGCUUCAAGAUAAGCUGGCUGAAAAGGACAAGGAGCUGAAGACGAUGAAACUGGACUUAGAAUUGCAAGAUAGAGCUACAGAAGCUAAGAUUGCAGAAAGGAUUGCAGCUCUGGUGGGAGAAGUUUAUUCUGCUCAACGGGAGCGUGAUGAGGCUGUCAUGGCAAGGCUUAGGUUAGCCAAUGAAGAGAGAGAUGAAGCAUUUCUGCGAGUCCAGCGUUUAGAAGAGUCUCUCAAAGAGCUAGAAAAUAUUAACCCUGAAGAAAAUGACAUGACAUUACAGGAAUUACUGAACAGAAUAAACAAUGCAGACACAGGGAUAGAUAUACUGAAGAAUGGAGCUAUAAUUCUGAACCGAAUACACAGGACCAAAGAACGUAAAAAGAAAAUAAUAGCUGAGGAAAUGAAUGCAGUAAUAGAGCAACGGGAUGCUGCUUUGUCUCAAUGCAAACGGCUGGAGCAGGAGCUUCAUCAUCUGAAAGAGCAGAACCAGACUUCAGCAAACAACACGAGACAUAUGACUGCUGAAAACAAUCAAGAACGUGCUCUGAAGGCAGAACUGAUAGCUUUGCAACAAGUAAAGGACGCUGCUCUUCAACAGUGCAAAAAACUAGAGGAAGAAGUCCAAACAUUGCGUGUUUAUUACAGGUUAUACAAGUCUUUGUCUGAAGGAUUGAGUCUGAAGAACCAGCCUAACUGUGCUUUUAGUACUUCUGAAGAUGGACUGGAGGGAAGGGGGGAUGUUAUGACCCUAACCUAUGGCCAGAUUGAAGAGCUGGCAGCUCAGCUGCAGCAAACUCGAUCAGAGCAAAAGGACACCGAGCUGAAGCUCCAGAAAGCCCUGGAAGCUUCUCAGGAGGCCAAUGAAAAAGUUCAAAAGUUGGAAAGGCUGGUGGACGUCCUGAGGAAGAAGGUUGGAGCAGGGACCAUUAGGACCGUGAUCUGAUUGAAAGCUGUAGUCUAAGGAAGCUUUCACAUCUGGUGACCAGGCUGCUUCAUUCAGCACUGUGUAAACACUGAAGCCUUAACUUAGCAAACAGUUGUUAGAAGUGGGACACUCCAGCGACAUUCCAAGCUGAGAUAAAAUCAAAUCAUAAAUGUUUAACUACUUUGCUGCUGAGUUCUGUGAUUUGUUAAAAUGUUUCACUGCAAACAUGUGUUUGUUUUUAACCAAAUGCAUUGUGGCACAGUGUAUUGUGAAAAAUUAUGUAGAUGCUUAUUUUAACAGUCUGUCCUCUCCAUGUUAGACUAUAGUCUGCUGCAAGGCACAGCAUGGUCAUUUUUUAAAAUACUGCAGGCUUCAGGUUCAAAAUGCUGCAAAGCAGUUUCAAUAUUUAAGUCCCUUAUUUUAUUUGUGAGGCUGCAAAUAGUCCAAUAUUUGUAUGUUAAAUAUAUUAAUUGAUAAAGUAGGUUGGCAUUCAAGAAAUAGCUCUGGUAUAUUGGAUAUUUUUUUCUCCUUACUCAUAGACCAUUGAAUUGCAGGUAGUAACUGUGGCUACAUCAAAGGGCAGGAUAAAUGUACACCUUUAUACAGCAGUUGAAUAGCUUCUGCUAGUACAUGGCAUUUUCAGUGUACAUUAAAAAGAAAUUUACUUUUAGGUUUCACUGGAAGUACAGCUACAAAAAAUUGUAACAUGAAAGCCUUGUGACACUGUACAGUAUCUCAGACAGUGGAGAAAGUUUCCUGUAUUGUUUUUAGUCACUCCUCUGUCCUUUUAACUGAGGGAAAUCUCUCAGAUUUCAGAAAGCACCUUACAAAUUAAAAAUUCACCUUUUCAGUGUUUGCCUCUUCUCAUCCCAUUCCUACAAGACUCUGAGUGCCCUGCAGUGCAGGAGUACCAUCCAGGCUGGGUUUGAGGCUAAACUGUCAAUCCUCAGCUUUUUGUACUCAUGAAGUGCCCUAGGACUUAGAGGCCGAAGCAUAGAAUCUGACAGGGAGGGGAGAAACUGAGAGCUGAGGAGAAAUUUGGGGUACACAGACAUGAUAUACUCUACGAUACAGUAUAGUUGAACUUAGAGUUGUGUUUGUGACCCAACCAUCUCCCUGUAUGAACAGUCAGGCCAGUACUCAUGUAAUCCUGCUCAAGAAAGCAGCUGUAAUCUCUGAGAACCCCAAAUUCAAUAAAGAAUCUCAGCAGCCAGCUUAGUGAUUAGUGAGAUUAGUGUCUCCUCAGGACCAGCCUACUCAGGCAAGGUGGAUGUAGCUCCUGAGGCUUCCACUUGUCUGCUUUACUUUGUGUUUAGUGUUGUUACAUGGUCUUGCCUCUUAAUGUUUGCUUGUUCAGGCAUUGUGAUAGUGCAGUCUAUCUGGAGAAAAUGAAAUUUUAGUUUUAGGUGUAGAGAGAGACAUUUUAAUGUGUGUUUUUUCUUUCAAACACUUAAAUGUUACACCUUCUUCGUCUGCAGACCUAAGCCCCUCCUAGCUUCAGUUGACCAAACCUAACCUCUUGCAGGGAGAUAAGUAGCAUCCAUCCAAGCCACAUUUACCCAAGUCAGUUCUAGAAACUUCUGAAGUGCUCCUUUUUGACCUUUGGUCAAUCCUAAGAUAGCCAGUGAGUCUGGAGCCUCUCCCCCACACCUAUUCAGUGGGAAAAAAUUUUAAUGCUUCCAAACCAGAGGAUUGCCACCCCCCAGAUUCCAGCCCCUUCACCAUCUCCCGUGUGCUGCUGUUCAGCUCUUUGGGUGACUCAACAGCUCUUUGUCCUAUUGUCCUCACUGAGCUUUGUGCACAAAGUGGGUGGCAAGAUCUCCUGAGCUGUCAGGAGCCAUUUCUGCUGUAAGGAGGUAGUGAGGAAGAAAUAGAGACAAAAAUGUAAGGACUACCAUGCUGUGCUAGACCAAAGCCCAGACUGCCUUUGGCAAUAACAAACAGAAGAUGCUUAGGAAAGGGUAUAAAGUCAGGCCAGCUCUAGUGACCACUCCCAACUGGUGUCCCAGCAAUUUGUUAGUUGGAGGCUUUCUAAGCCAGAGGUGGUGUCUUUGUAUUUAGCGACAUUUUUUCACGGUCUAUCUUUUUAAUCCAUUAAAAUUGUUUGUACCUACUUGUUCCUUUCACAAGGUCUUAUGCAGUUAAUGAUGCAUUGAGUGAAAAAAUACUUCCUUUUCUCUUAUGAACCAGCUCUAUUCAUUUGCUAUCACCUUGUUUUUGUAUGAAAGAAAUGGUGAGGAACCAUUCCCUGUUCAUAUUUCCACGUCCCAUGUGAUUUUAUAUAUUUGGCAUCAUUUCCCCAACUUUUCUCUUCCAGAGAGAACCCCUGGUCUCAUUUAAAGGAUCUGCCCCAUGUUUUUAAUUGGCCUUGUCAUACUAAUCUGGUUUUUUUUUUCCCAGCUCUGCAGUGUUUUUACUGAGAUGCAACACAGUUUGUGCCUAGUGUUCAAGAUAUAGACAAAAUGUGACUUUAAUGGUUGUCAUAAUGAUGUUGUCUGUUUUUUUCUCUGUGCUAUUUGUAACCAUUUUUAGCAUUGGACUUGCUUUAUGACAGAUUAUUUAUUGGUUUUCAUAUUUCUGUAGUAAAAUGACUACUCUAGAUCUCCUUCCUCAGUUGUAAUGUUCAGCUCAGAGUUCAUUGUAGCCUGUAUGAAGACAGAACUGUUUUCUGAAUAACACAGCAUUUAUGGGUACUGAAUGUCACCUGUUGUUUUAGCAUUCCCUGGUGACCCUGAGCUCUUAUUCCAUCUCUUCUCACAGCUCCUCUGUAAUACUCACAGUAUCAAAGUAUCAUCAGCAUCUCCAUGCUGAAUACAGUGACACGAAAUACUGCUAUCUCCAAAUUAACCCCCUCUUCAAGGUGAUUUCUUAGUUAAGUUAAACAUGGACUCUGGGACAAAGAUCCCUGUAGGACAAUAAGGUAGCUUUUCCUUCACUGUGAGAAUGAAACAUUUAUUCUUACACAUUGUUUUAAUUUAACUUUGAAGUACCUAUUUUUCAGUGUAAAAGUAUUAGUUAUUGCUAGGUAGCUUUUAUGAGAAAGCUGUUUGCUACUUUGAAAAUGCAAGUUUACUAAAUCAGAGCUUGUGUUCCAUGCAUGAAUGUGCUAAGUUCCUCCUUCCCCUUGGAGUGUGAAGAGCUCCUCACCUUUCCCCAAGUAUUUCUGUGUCCAAGUGAAUAAUCUUGUGAAUGCAGGCUUCCUACAGCCAGACUGUUUGACCUCCAGCCUCUUGUGUCCAUUGGCUUUGUUUGGAAAAGUAGGAUGGGCCGUGCAAAAGCCACCUAGCAGGCUUGAUAUCAGAUACAUCUGAUUGCAGGUAAUACUUGAUUUGGUAAAAUUAACUUAUAGUUUUGCUCCAUAAUUUUCCUUUUGACACGUUAUACCCAAGGUGAAAAAAUAGUUACUGACUCUGUCUUUUGUCUUGCACCAAGCAGCCUGGAAUUCAGAGAUAAUUUUGGUUAGGGUGUUUUGUCAUAAAUGACAAAUGUGGAUAAAUGUAUUUUCUUUGUAAUUAAAUCAGAUGUGUUGAUUUUUAAAAUUCAGCUGGAAAUGUUUUUAUUCUUCAGGAAGGAUCAUGGGAAAUUUUCUAUGUUGAGAGUAGAAAGAUUCAAAAACAGUUGAGUUCUCCCUCUUCCUUGCUAACAACCUGGUGUGUGGUCUUUGGCAAAUUCCUUAGUGACUGUCGUUAAAGGUAUGCAGUCCCUGAAGAGGUUCCCGGGCUCCUCCAGGGUGUUUGCAAAAGUAUCUAUGUGGUUAAUGUCAAAACACUUUCACUUCUUCACCUGCUGAAGUGAGCAGCAUAAAUCACAUAGGCCUGGUGGUGGAGGCCCAGCCUUUAGUGCCCUCAGCAGAACUUCUGGUCCUGUUGAGCCCAGCCUAACUUUAGCCUUUCAGUCUAAUGAGGGCAGAAAAUCUGCUCUGGUCAGUAGAAAGAGGUGAUAACGACAACAUGGGUUAAUGGGCUUAUCAUAUGGUUUAUUCAUUGAGAACUGAUUGGUGCCUGAGCAGAGCUCUGAAAGUGAAAAGAAGCCUGCUCCCAUACAGCAGACAAAUGCAAUUGUCACUUCUGUCCUAAUAUAUGUGAGAAAGAUGAGAUUGCGUCCGAUUAUGUACCAGGAGUAACAAUUCAUUUCCCUCCUGAUGGAAAAACAGUUCAUGAUGAAAGGUGGCUCACCAUAGGUGAAUCUUAUGGUGACAGCUGUAAUUACUGGUCAAAUUAGGGUCCCUACUGUCUUGAAUAGAAGAGGUACUCAGAAAUGUUCUUCCCUUGUGAGAUUUUGUGUCUUUCUCUUGGUGAUCCAGCAGCACGUUAUGUAUUGGGAGCCAUUUCUGGUAUAUGCCAGGGUAAAAUAUGUAAAUAGCAUCAUGUUGGCUCGGGAUAAGAGCAUUAUUAAUGCUUUUCAGCACUGUAAUUAUAUUCCUAGUAAGCCUUCCCUAAGCCCUCACUAAUUAACAAUAUUGUGACAAAUCAACUUUAACAGAAAAGAACUGUGGACCUUUAGUCUUUUAGUACUAUUUUUCAUGCAGCCCACAGCUGAAAACUGGUGGCAUGGCUUUCUGUACUAGUGUUGGGAAAACUGCUGAUACUGAAAAGUUUAAAUCCAGCUCAUUGUUGUUAGUGAGUCCUGUAGCUGAAUUUGUUUGGUUCCUCUUUAAAUACAUUCAUGGCAAAGUAAAAUUCAUCAGUUAAUCAUUAAUGUUAAGGAAUAUGAAAACCGUUUAUAAAUAAGCUAUCAUAUUGAAAUGAUGUUUGGUGAUGUCAGUAUGUUGUCAUAUACACAUUUAUUUAUUUGUUUAUUCCAAAUCAGGAACAUUUUACAAGAUUGACUUUAUAUAUAGUCUUACCAGGUGUUGUAACAUCUUUAAUCCAUGUACACAAAUGAACUUACUAUCUAAAUGUCAGGAUUUCUCUGUGCCUUUAUUUCUUUCAAUUAGAAUAAGGCUGUUGGUUUUCUUCUUGUUAACUUCUACUGCUGAAGAUUUUCCUCUCAUGCAAGAAUCAGCUGUGAGGCACAUGAAAAUCACUGCUGGGCAGUUUCUCUUGCUGUGAUCGCAGUGUUACAUGGGCUGACUCUUAUCGCUGCAACAUUUCACAUCAGAUCUGCAGAACUGGACUUUCUCUGUUUGUUCUUCUCAUGCAUUGGUAAAUAAAAUGUAUUCACAAGUUCAAAAAGACAAAGUAGUGUUCUCAUAUUAGCUCGAUUAUAAGUCAGCUGUUGAGGUGCAGUGUUCUAAACAUUUCAUUCUUCAGUUUUGUUGGGAACCCACGUGUUCUGGGAGGCUUUUAAACAAAUACUUGAAAUGGUUGAAAGAUUUACAUUGCCAGUGCCUAGCUAAAUAUGUAGUCUUUAGAAAAGACAUGGUUUAUUUUGGCACCAUUUGACAAACUCAAAUAUUUUAAACAUUUGUUAAGUUUGAGCUUGCACAUUUGAACUAAAAGUUUGCAUUCCAAAAUUGCAUCUCAGGUUACCUGUCUCUCUCUCUUUUGUAUUUUAUAAUCCCUUUAUUAAAAUAGUCUACAAAAG